UCCUAAGAGACUCAGUCUUUUCUCUGCAGCUGCCGCUUGAAGACUCCACAUUUUCCCUCUAGAGGAAAGAAGCCCUCCAUCGAAAUCAGCUGUCUUCUCCACGUCCCUCCUUUUUCUCUCCGCCAGACGCCACCCCUACCCCUUCUAUUGUGUUGUGCCUUUUCAUUUUAGCCCCGCUUCCUACGUAGAGCCCUAACCUCCUUUGUAGCGAGGUCACUUGAGAAUUUCCGAACCUCGAGUUGUAAUGGAGCUGUAUGGAAAGAUGGCCUCUGCCCAAGAUGCCAGGUAUGGCCAGAAAGACUCCUCUGAUCAGAACUUUGACUACAUGUUCAAAUUACUCAUCAUCGGCAAUAGCAGUGUGGGGAAAACAUCUUUUCUAUUCCGUUAUGCAGAUGACUCCUUUACAUCUGCAUUCGUCAGCACAGUUGGGAUCGAUUUCAAAGUAAAAACUGUAUUCAAAAAUGAAAAGAGAAUCAAGCUUCAGAUUUGGGACACAGCAGGCCAGGAAAGAUACAGGACUAUCACCACAGCCUAUUAUCGUGGAGCCAUGGGCUUUAUUUUAAUGUAUGACAUUACAAAUGAAGAAUCCUUCAAUGCAGUACAAGAUUGGUCAACCCAAAUCAAAACCUACUCUUGGGAUAAUGCCCAGGUUAUUCUGGUUGGGAACAAGUGUGACAUGGAAGACGAGCGGGUCAUCUCAACUGAGCGAGGUCAACAUUUAGGAGAACAGCUUGGUUUUGAGUUUUUUGAAACAAGUGCCAAGGAUAACAUUAAUGUCAAGCAGACAUUUGAGCGCCUUGUGGAUAUCAUCUGCGACAAAAUGUCAGAGAGUUUGGAGACUGAUCCUGCCAUCACUGCUGCAAAGCAGAACACAAGACUCAAGGAAACCCCUCCUCCACCGCAGCCCAACUGUGCCUGCUAGUGUCCCCAUGCACACAGGCAGCUCCACGAAACAGCAUUUGUAAAUGGUCUGUUAGCCUUCAUUUAUACUGCCUAAUAAUUAUUUGAAGGAAUAAUUUGAUGUCAAUGGCUCAUACAUGCAUUCAAUUCUUGGGAGAUUUCCUGUUUAAUAUGUGGCAAAUAUGUGAUCUUAAAUUUGUAAGGACUAGCCAUCUAUAAACAUCUGGUACCUGCACGUGACUUGUUAUUUAUUUGUCUGCUAGGCUCUUUUUGUUUCAAACUUGUUCUCAGACUACUUCUGGGACAUCAGACUAUAAUUUCGCUACAACUGGCUUUUGUCCCAUUGAUUCAAAUUAUGCUAUUCACUUGUAGGAAUGAUGACCAAGGAAUUGCUCUGUGUGUGUGCGUGUGUGUGUGUGUGCGCGCGCGCGCACACACACACACACAGGAGAAGAUGUCACAAGACUUCAUUUGCUUUACUCUUAGUUGAAAAUCAAAGGGAAGUUUUUCAUGAUUAGGGAUGCUGUAAUGAGUCUGGUCAGUUUACUGUUGGGCACUGUGUCUUUAUUUCACUGUUAUUAAUAACUGAGGAGAUAAUUGACCUAUAAAGAUAUUGAAAUGUUGUUUUUAAGGUCCUUGCAAUGUUCCUAAGUCAUUAAUACAACCUGACUGGGGCUAUUUAACAAUAAUCUUCGUUUACAUGUUUAAAUAAGCAAAUACCUACCCAGGACUUUUUUCCCACUGAUUCUACCCAACUCUGUGAAUAUUUGGCAUCAUCGAACAGAUUGAGAUGUAUCUACUGAAUGCCAGUUAUGCAACAAGCAUUGUAACCAAAAAGAGUAUGAGUAGCUAUGGAAUUCCAAGGUCCAAGCUCCCUUAGUUUUCAAUGACUUGCCUUCCCCAACCCCCAUAAUGCACACCACUACCACCAUCACUUUCUGGAACCGUCACCACUCUUGGACUAGAGCUUUUGUUGAAGUUUGUUAGGGCUCCUCUUUCCAUAGGAUGUAGACUUGCCUCCUCAAACACGGCCAUCUUCUCAAACUUCAGCUAAGUUCUUUUACCUGUUUAGAUGUUAUUUAAAUCAGAUUUAAAAGGGUCCCAAGAAAAAGGGAAAUUUUAAUCUUUAGUCAUCUUUUUAAGUCCAGAUGUUCAUAAAUUCUAAAGCAUAUUCCUAUUACGUGAAUGCUUAAGUUACACGGGAAACAUUCUAUAACUGUAGUGUUUCAAUUUCAGAAAUAUUUAGGGUCCCUAGCAAUUUAAAAGAGGAAGGAAACCAUUGGAACAUUCUAAUUUUGUAUCACAAAUUCCUAAAGAACCUAUAUGAAUAAAGAGAAAACAACAAAUCCUAUCAGCUGUACAGAGCAGCAGGGAGACUUCGCCUCUGGAUCACUGUCCAGCAUUAUUUACAGCUAGGAUUUAGGAAGGCAGCAGGGAUUAUUUGGUGGAUUUGGAAGGAUAGUUUCAUUAAGUGAACUUUCUCUUUUUUGGUGUUUAUGUCAAAGAAAUUUUUUCCUCUUUUCAAAAAAUAGAGAGGCUUCCCAUAAAAGUAUUGAAUACAAGUGAAACGGGCAUAUAUCUAAAGAUAUCUCUGGAGAAUAAAUCCUUACAAGUCACAGAACUAGUUCGCACACAUUAGUAAGUUAAAAGUUGGAAAUUAGGGGAGAGAGCAUUUGGAAUGCUUUAAGCAUUUCCAUGUUAUUUCUCACCUUCCUAGUUGAAGAUCCACUAAUCGGUAGUACAUUUCUACUUUGGCACCCUGCAAAGCAAACCUUAGCAUAGUAAAGACAAGAAAACAUUAAUGUUUUCUUAGCUUUUAAUGGGGCAACCAACUUCAAAAUCACAGGAAUUACAGUGAAGGGAGAGAAAGAAGCAGGGGGCGUAAAAACAGAUUUGUUUGCAGCAGUCGUCUGUUUGCACAAUGUUAUAAUAUUUCUGUAACUUGGGCCAGAAUGUGGCCGUGUUAAAUGAUAUAGCUAUUAAGCUCACUUGUACAAUCUAAAAGGAACUAAUAAAGCAGGAAACCCUUCCCAUCCUCCUUUGCAGCCCUCAACCCACAAAUACAAAUAGAUGUAAAAAGCUUAAAAAGAAUAUUUUGAUGGCUUUUUCAGAAGGACCUUGAUGUGUGUAUUGUGGUAAAAUGAAAAGCAAAAUGAGACAGUAUUUAAAAGUGAAAGAGCUGAGUUUUGCUCAGAGGAAAACCCCUUCCCUGAAGAACUGAUUGCUGUUGAAAUUAAUCGGCCCUUAGAUGGGGAAGCCCUAAGCCAAGCUCCCACUUACACAGUGUCAAACAUCCCAAAGUGGAAACAUUUUAGCCAGUCAGGGGAGAGGCAUGCAACAAUAGCCUAAGUGUCAUUGCCAAGAGACAUCUGAUACUUUCUAAUUUCUAAACCCCAAUGGAAGUGAAGCCUUUUUCAUUGAUUCUCAGUUCUGAAACUCCCACCCUGCUAGGAUUUCUAUUCCAAAUAAUUCAAUGAGAGGUUUCCAGAGAAACAGUCACAGAGCUCAAGAGAAAGAACACUUACUUUCCUGCUGUAAUUGCAUUUAAAAAUCUGGGUUUUAACAUCAAAUUUGGUAAAUGGUGGGACCAACCCAAGGUUAACUAAGUGAGCUUUCAUUGACACUGAGCUAUGUUACUUAUAAAUUAUAACACUAUUGUUCCAAGGUUUUUCAGCCUUUUGGCCAACACACACACACACACACACACACACACACACACUAAAUCAUCUAUCAAUAGUCUAAAUACAUAACUAAAUGUAGGUCAUUUUUAUCAAUGGCCUAACUAAAUUUAUAUUUAAAAGAACAAGACAUUUUAAAAAGUACAUACUCCUGGUAGUUUGUAAGUCAUACACAUUUAUCUCUUGUCUUGGAUGCAAUUAAAUUAGUGUUUUAAGUAUGAAUUUACUUUCCUUUGCUACUCAUUACCUGACCACUUUCACUCCUCUAAAUACCUUUAGGAAUAAACCUUAACUGUACCAAAUAGAUUCUUCCAAGAGCUUUGGUGUUGGUACCUUCCUUUAUUUUCCUAAUGCAACUGAAAAAUUGGACUGAAAAUUAUUUCGCUUAAAUAGCCAUCCUCAGAGUGAAUCAGCAUUUCAGUUUUUGGAGAUGGGGAUGGAAAUAGAAGGUGCACGAAGCGUCCUAAGAUGGCAGUUUGAAUGUUAGCAUUACUUCUACACGCUCAUAAGAGAAAUUGCUUCAGGACAAUGAAUCAGUUCAUUGUUGCUGCCCCCAGUGAACAGCUCCAACUGCCUUGAUGAACUUCUAAUGAUUGUGAAAGCUAGGAGGUUCUUCUAGUUCCUCCUUACAGUCACUUGAAGUUCAGUAUUUUUUUUUUGCUGCCUGGUAACUAAGUGCCAAGAUUUUACUUGGAAAGAAAACUAUGACGAUGCCUUCAGUUGUAGCAGAAAGUUGUGGCAUUGUGAUAACAAACAAAAUCUACAAAGUUACAACCCAAAUUAUACAAGACAUCAAUACACUCAGUAAACAAAUACAUAUUUCACCUACUUAAAUCAUAUCAAUUAUAGGCCUUUUGUUUAGUACACUGGUUAUUUUUUUAAGGAACCAAUUUAAACUUUCAAUUUUAAAUACAUCUAUGCUGAUGAUAGACUUUCGGGUAUAUAUAACCUUCUUCUUCUCUUUUAAAAGUUAAAUACAUUCCACUAUUAACUGAACUUCCACGAAGCAACAUUAAUUUUAGAGCAUGGUAAUCCAUAAUCAGUGGUUCAUUGUGAUGUGCUUUAUCCAACAUGUAUCUUAGUGCAUGGUUGAGGGUGUACCUUAUGUGAUCUUUUAGUUAACAGUGUGGCAUUUGUGGGACUAUAUUAAAAGCCUAUCCAAACUACCAAGCUGUAGCAAGCUGAGGUAGCACCUGCAUGUGAAAAACUGUGAUAUGAAUCUUAUUUAUAAAAAAGUCAUAACUAAAACCCUUCUAGACCAAAAAGUUACUGUGUGUUUGUUAAUAAUCUUCAUAGUACUACUGGAAUGCUCAAUCAGGUAUUUUUGGUGUGGCUUACUUCAGAGCUGGCCUGUCCAUCUGAAGAACGCUUUCUCUCACAAUUACAGUUUGCAUGACUAGAACCCGGAACUCUGUUCCUUUGCGCGUAUAGUCACUUAGUGUGCUGUCCGGGUGCCAUAUGAGCAACUACAACCAUGUGGCCUUUCUGUCACUCCCUGGAAAAUGCAACCUCUACAGCUCUGCUCAACUCUGCCUGUGUGCGUUGACUACCUUCGCUUUAGUAGUUUGCCUGUAAAAUGGUGAAGUCUUUCUGAUAUGUUGAACCUGUGAGCCAGCUUUUGGGAGUUCUUCAUAUUUUAGAUGAAUUUUUGACCAAAGUCAAUUAAAGACAUAAACCUGUUUUAUAUCAUAGAAUUUACUGGAUCAAAUCAAGUAAAAGAUGAAGUUUAUGACCACAAUAAAAAAGCCUUUACCCCUGCACUGCACUGUGUCUAAAGGGCUCUAGGUUGUAGAAAUAUAGUACCCCCAAACAGAGAAAAAACAAGUUGGGGGAUUUAUCUAAAACGUAUCUACCUAUUGUUACUGGUAUUUCACAAAUAAUUUUUUUCUUAAAAACAUUUACAGAAAUGCUUGACACUCCAGUCAAAUAGUAUUUCCCUUUGAUACACUGAAAUAUUUGCUCUUAGAUUACACACACAGUGCUGCCCUUCUCAACAAUCACUCACAGGCUCACUCGCCUGAUACAAAGGUAUCAGGUAAACACUGAUACUUUUUUUUUUAAGAAGGGAAAAUUCCAUCUAUGGUGCUUUCUCAGUGCUAGGGAAAAGGGAGCUUUUACUAUGUUCCAGCUAUAACUCACAUCUUACUUAUAAGGUCCAUAAAAUCGGUUCUUCACACCAAUUUGGUUUGAUUAGUCUGUGCGUGUAAUUAAUUUCCUCUAAACAGAGAGAGUGGAGGGGAAAUACAUUUCGCAAACAUUCUAGAUAACAGAAAUGAGUUAUUUUAAAACCUCACUCAGAGCUCUAGUGUUAAGAUCAGACCAUCUAGCUAGUGGACAAAUUGAACUAUUUGCAGUUCUCUUUUACUUUCUGACUUUCUUUUAAAUUACUGCAGUUUUUCAAAAUGCUAUCCUCAUGGAAUGACAGGACCAAGAAUAGAAAAUGAGACUCAAAUUUCACCAUUUACUUCCCAUCAGCAACCAUUACUGGUGGAGUUUCAAACAGUCAUUACUUGCUGAAAUGAGGUUUGGGGUUACCUGUGUAUUUCAUUCACCUGUGUUCAUAUUUACUUCAUCGUGGACAAGUGAGAGUUGGCUGUGGCUUUAUUUCUUGAUGCAAAUUAUUUUGCAUUCAUGUUAUUUGGAGCUAGGUAUUGCUUAGGUUCGUGAAUGCUCUUCUUACAGACACAGAUGGUACAUGAGCCACUCAGACACCUGCCUUUUCAGGGACGUGAGCAUGACUUACAUCUUUCAAGUGGUUCCAUACUUCUUGUAAAAGUAAAGUUUGGGUAUUGUUUGCUGUAUCAAUAUGAUGGCUUUCCAUGCAUUGUCUCAUUAUCCCUAGGAUAUGUGCUGAAGGAAAACUGUCCUGUAAUUCCUGUUAAUAUAUUGUUAAUGUCAGACGUGAUGUGAUACCGUUGGACUGUCCAAAUGUACAACUAUUUAAUGGUGUUUGUAGAACUGAAAUGUCUUAAAUGUUGCAUGAAAUAUGUUAUAAAAAUAGAUUUGUUUUCUAUUUUCAACACCUCAGAAUUGAGGGUUCAUGGGCCAAUAAGUGCAAUAUUUAAUGACUCACUCAGUGUAUAUAAACUAGUAUGAAAGAGUGAAUUAUAAUGAAUGUGUGAGAUGCUUUGAUAGCUGUGUGACUUAUUCAAAUGAUUUUCUUGUAGCUGUAUUUGUCUAGUGGUGCAAUUUAUACAGUAAAUAUCUUAUUGGUGUCAUGUAAAACCCCUCUGUGCCUACUUCAAAAUACUUUUUUCUUAUAAAACCAAACAUUUAGUAUCUGGAAAUAUGUGUCAAUUUUGUCUUUUAGAAUUGUGGAUUUUAUUGUGAAGUCAGAAUGGCUGUUCAUUUAUUUUAUAAAAGCAUCUCCUUCUAUAACUCAAAAUUUUCUUGGUCACAUAAAAGUGUACAUUUUACUUUUAAGCAAGUAAUUUAGAUACCUAAGAAAAACUAUGUGCGUUAGGAAAAGUCAUGUUUUUCUUCUCAGAAAGGUUGAUCACAUGACAUGUCUACUAAAAAUGUUCACCUCUGUAUUUGUAUGUAUAUUUUAUUGUUACUCAAACUUGUGUUUUAUUUACGAAUUCAACACUGUCGACCCUGGGAAUUCUAAAAUACCAAUGUAUUUUUAGGUUGUAGCUAACAUUGUAUUCACUUUCAAUUCUCAGUUGUCCACACUGGUGAUAUAAGAUGAACAAAUCAGAAUCCUUGAAUACUUCGUAAUGCCAUCAUAAACUCAUAUAUUCAUCCUCAAACUCCCUUGUUUAAUGCUAAUUGGUGGCCUGGAACUUCACUGAGAUGCAAAAUCAAGAAUUUAAGCCUAGUUGCUGGAUAACUAAAAGCUAUAAAUGUUUAUGUAUGUGAAUUUUAAAGUAGAAUAACCAUCUUAAACUCCUAUUUGCCAUUUCUCUUUUUAAGGCAAAGCAUUCAUUUUAAUACUGUGCUUUGCCUUUUCAUUCAAUUAGUGGAUAAGUCAUGAAACCUUUAGGAAGAAAAACAAGUUAUGACAUAUUCACUAAAAUUGAUGACAGUUGGUUCUAGAUGACCAUGGCCAUGUGUUCAUCAUAUAAAGCCUUCAGUUCUCUCUAUGGUGCUUGGCUGGAGAUUGACAUGUGAGGAUGUGCCAAUCAUAUUAAAUGGAUUUGGUCUAUGUGGGUGAUAUGUGGCCUGAAUGUAACUGUGAUAGACUGAAAUUUGUUCUUAGCUCUCAAAACCCACUGAAGAAGUCAAGUGAAGGUGGGUAAAAUAGGGAGAUUAGUGACAACCUUGUGCCAAAUUUUUUUUAAAAUGGAAGCAGGUAGCCAACAUUAGAAUGAUAAUUUAAGGGUGUGGUUGAAUGUUUAGUUAGUUGUCACAUAGUUAUUGAACUCCAUAUGCUCAGUGCUGUGGGAAUCAAACAUGGAAGAGGUAUGGCUCCUGCCCCUAAUGAGAACAAGGGAAAAAAAGUCCAGGUAUAAUCUAAAUGCUAGGUUAUGUCAGGGUAUAGGAGCACAGAGAAUGGGGGACCUGUAAGAACUGGAAGAGUCAGAGAGGGCUCCAUUGAAGAGGUCAAACAUAAUUCCGGAAAGAAUAAGGUAGUGAGGAGAUUGUGCCAGGAAAAUAAGUGGGAAAGUCCACAGUUAUUUUUCCUUUGAAUGGAAGAGAGACAAAGCUAUCAGCUAUAGAUCAUUGUUUUUCUUAAGACAGCCAAACUGGCCCUUUGAAACCACUCAAAUUAUCCCAGUUUAGCUCCCUACCUUUUGGUCUCCAUGAGGAAGACAAGCUGUUGUAUCAUCAUAUUCCUCUGUGCUGAGCAGCUCAAGCCACAAUAUGCAAAUUGCUUUAAUGCCACAUUACAGCAGUUGAUUUAGACAUUUGCCAGUGCACCAAACCAUGAGAAAUUAUCCAACAAAUGCCACCUGGCAGAUGUGUACCCAGAGAUUUUUCUGUAGCUCCAUGUUUCCCAUAAAGGGCAUUGGAAAUGCACAGAUGAAGAUCUUCCUUUGGAACCAGGCACUUUUGGCUCCUUCUCAGUGACUGCACUGUGGAACUCUUCUUAAGAAAAUAUUGAAAACAGCUUAAUGCUUUCAUAUAGUGACUGACAUUUAGUGGAAAACUACUGCUGCAUAGCAAAUAUUGUGACUCUUCAUGUGUCCACAGGAGCUCUUGUGUGGGUUUAAAGCUAUGAAGUGUAUUCACAUUGUGAAGUUUUAAUUAUCUUUAUUGAAAUUAAUUGUGUAAAAAUGGUAUGUGCUCUAUUAGGUAUUCAGUUUGUAUGUGAAUUCUGUAUAGAAAGUGGUUAUUGUUCUUUGAGUUUAUCUUGUUUUAUUUCUUGAAGAUUACAAUAAAUAUCUAAGAGACUAUAUUCCUGAA